AUGGUUGGUAUCCCACGAAGCACCGGCUGCCGUAUGUGCCUUCAACGCCGGAUUAAAUGUGAUGCUCAGCGACCAGCGUGUUUGCGUUGUAUGAAAAAGGGAGUGCAGUGCCCUGGGUAUGCAAAACCAGCCAAAUUUGUGGACGAACGCCCAUCUCUUGAACAACGGUACACAACACCCACACAGAGCAGCAGCACUGCAUCUAUCGAUGAGCAAGUUCUGCCUUCGCUAAUGUCAAAAUCGAUGGCCCGACAACAACCGAUAGUAUUCAGUGAUUUCAUAUAUGCUGCAUUCCCUCGCUUCUUUGGCCUCAAUAAAUAUCGUGCGAACGUUCCCUGGAUCGACUUCGUGGCCGAGAACCUUGGCAAGAACGCUGCGUUCGAUAAAUCCGUUUUCUGCAUGACCUCCGCCUUCAUGGGCGGCGCACAUCAUGACAAUCAACUUCAAAGAUCUAGCCGAGAAAUGUACGGCAAGGCCCUCGCCUCGUUCCAACGGUUGACAAGAAACGAACGUUCACUAAAGGCCAUCGAGACUCUCAGCGCCUGCAUGCUACUCUGUAUGUUUGAAACAUAUUCACAAACUAGUCCGAAUUCCUGGGUACAACACGCGGCAGGUGCCUCACUGCUCAUGUCGCUAAGGGGUCCGGACGCCCACCGCUCCGGCUUCGGCCGUUGUCUUUAUCUCUCCUUUCGAAGCUUCGUGGUUGCCCAUUCAUUCCUCCUCAUGACUCCCUGUAUCUUUGAAAAGCCCGGAUGGCAAGCCCUCAUCGAUCAGGUCCGAGCGGAAGACAUGGUUGACCCACGCGUGAAUUCUACUCUUGCCGCCAUCAUCGAUCUCUCAGAUAAAAUAUUCUUACAGAUUGUCAGGAUCCCGCGUCUUAUGAAGGAGGCCAGCCAGUUCCUAUCGUCACCAUCACAAUGGCACGCACGAGAUGUGAACUCGCUCAAGGCCCGUGUUUUUGACUGUAGGGACUUGAUCUGCUUUCUCACUGCUCAACUACAGCUAGCUGUUGCAGUACAGGAAUAUCAAACACCCGAACACAAGGAACAGCUUAUUAGGCCGGUGCCUUUAAACUUCCCCAGAUCAUUCGCGGAUAGUCUUUUUCAGGGCACGAACAUCGGCUCCAAGAUCCUCGGUCUCUUGCUAACCAGCCUGUCGUCUCAUCAGUACCAAUCAACAUUUGGCUCAGAUUCAAGGCUAGGUUUACAGAACAUCGGUGGCCAUGGAAGGAUACCUAGAGGUUUACCGUUUCGCAUUAUCUCUCGGGUUUGCGCCUCUAAUGACACGGAUGGUUCUGGUUCUCACUCGACUGGUAGAUCAGGACCAAUCGAAAGGUGGCUGGAUCAGGUGGCGUCUUCGAUGGGCCUUGGGGCCUUCGAAAUAAUCAUGGACGGCACAGUCACCUAG